GCCCAAUUGCCCCGCGCCGCCGCCCCCGCAGCAGAGUAGCAGACCAGCGGUGGAUGUGAUGGCCGCGAGCGGUAUGGAGGAUGAGAGAGUGAGCGGGGAGGUCAGGGAGCAGGAAGACGACGACGACAACGUGCCUCAACUCAGCGCUGCGGCGAUGGAGGCGCUCCGGGAGUUUCUGGCGGAACAGCAUCGUCCGGAGGAGCAGAAUGAAGCUGGAGGAGGGGAAGACGGGGUAGAGCUGGUCCCGGAGGACUGGCGGUUGAGCCAGUUCUGGUAUGAUGAGCGUACCGCGCGGGAGCUCGUGGAGGAGGUCGUCCGCCUUGUCUCCCCUUCUGGAUCAGGCUCCGCCGCCGGUGCCGUGGCCUGCAUCGCAUGCCCGACGCUCUACGCCUACCUGAAGAAGACGGACCCCGGAGUGCCCGCGCAGCUGCUGGAGUACGACGAGCGGUUCGGGCAGUACGGCGGCGACUUCACCUUCUACGACUACAACCGACCGGAGGAGCUGCCGGCGGCGAUGAAGCACGCCUACCGAGUCAUCGUUGCCGACCCUCCCUAUCUGAGUAAGGAGUGCUUGGAAAAGGUUGCCAAAACAGUAUCUUUCCUCGCACGGCCUGAAGGUUCAUUCCUGCUGCUGCUCACAGGGGAAGUUCAGAUGGACCGGGCGUUGGAGCUGCUGAAUGUUCGUCCCUGCGGUUUCAGGCCUCGCCACUCGAACAAACUGGGCAACGAGUUCCGGCUGUUCACGAAUUAUGAUCCUGCUGACAGACUUGGUGGUUGGGAGCAAAGUGAUGGUGCCCCCAUUUAACUAUAAACUAAUACAAUUUUUGUUCUAGAGUUGUUCCAUCUUUAUGAACAUGCUGCAUCUUUGAUCCACAGCUCACUGAUCCCUCCAAUUUAAAUUGUAGUGACAAUUACUUGAGGAAUCUGUGUGCUAUGAUGUAUGGUCAAUCAAACAUUUACAUUGUUAGUGUACCUCAUUUUUCCGUGAUCAUGUUUCGGAGGACUAUAGGUGUUGUUUGGUUCACAUAUUUGUAAUGGAUAAUAAAUAACGUUAAAUCAUGUUUGUUUAAAUCCAA